AUGGAAGGAAGCUGGUUCCACAGGGAGAGAUUCCCCUUUUUCCUUGUUCUCAGUCUUCUGCUUCCAGGAAGAGGCAGUGCUUUCACCAUCAACUGCUCAAGAUUUGGCCAGCAAGGGGUGUACACCACUGUUCUGGAUUCAGUGUUUGACAGGAAGGCCUUCCGUCCAGCCACCAACUUCAGCAUCCCCACCCUAGUCAACAUCUCCUUCACUAUGUCUGCCGUCCUAGAUGUGGAUGAACAGUUACAGCUCUUGUCAUCAUUCCUGUGGCUGGAAAUGGUCUGGGACAACCCAUUUAUCAGAUGGAACCCAGAGGAAUGUGAGGGUAUCACAAAGAUCAGUGUGGCAACCAAGAACCUGUGGCUCCCAGACAUUUUCAUCACUGAGUUCAUGGAUGUGGAUAAGACCCCAAAAGGCCUCAAGGCAUACAUAAAUAAUGAAGGUCGCAUCAGGUACAAGAAACCCAUGAAGGUGACCAGCAUCUGUGAACUGGACAUCUUCUACUUCCCCUUUGACCAGCAGAACUGCACCCUAACCUUCAGCUCAUUUCUCUAUACAGUGGAGAGCAUGUUGCUGGGCAUGGAGAAGGAAGUGUGGGAAAUAGCAGACACGUCCCGGAACAUCAUUCAGACCCAUGGAGAAUGGGAGCUCCUGAGUAUCAGCAAGGCCACUGCAAAGCUGUCCAUGGGCACCAAUCUGUAUGAUCAGAUCAUCUUCUAUGUGGCCAUCAGGCGCAGUCCCAGACUCUAUGUCAUCAACCUUCUGGUACCCAGUGGCUUUCUGGUUGCCAUUGAUGCCCUCAGCUUCUUCCUGCCGGCAGAAAGCGAGAACCGUGCCCCAUUCAAGAUUACCCUCCUGCUGGGCUACAAUGUCUUCCUGCUCAUGAUGAAUGACUUACUCCCCAUCAGUGGCACCCCCCUUAUCAGUGUCUACUUUGCCCUGUGUCUGUCGCUGAUGGUGGUCAGCCUGCUGGAGACCAUCUUCAUCACCUACCUGCUGCAUCUGGCCACCACCCAGCCCCCACCCAUGCCUCACUGGCUCCAUUCCCUGCUUCUGUGCUGCACCAGCCCAAAGAAGUGCUGCCCUGCUGCGCCCCAGAAGGGAAACACCGGCCUGGGCCUCAGCCCCACCCACCUGCCUGGUGUGAAGGAGCCCGUGGAGUCAGUGGGGAAGGUGCCAGGUCUGAAAGAGGCAGAGUUAAAUGGAUGCCCUGGGUCAACGAGGGCCCAGCAGGAAGACAAGGCUCAGAAGCAGCACUUGGUCAGCCUGUGGGUGCAGUUCAGCCAUGUGAUGGACACCCUGCUCUUCCGCCUCUAUCUGCUUUUCAUGGCCACCUCCAUCACCACCGUCAUUGUCCUCUGGAACACCUAA